AUGGCGUCAACCAUCCAACUCCAAGGGGACGACUCCGUGGUGUUGCGCGUCACUCAUUCCAAUCUCAAAACCUUCAACUCCGAUACCCGCUUCUCGCUUCAGCUCACGGUGGAAGGCGUGAAGGAGAAGCUCUGGAAAAAAUGCGGCACUUCUGUCAAUUCCAUGCACCUUGAGCUCUACGACGAUGCUCGCAACGACAAAAUCGCCGAUCUCUCUGAUAAUUCAAAACCCCUUGGCUUCUAUUCCCCUCUCGAUGGGUUUCGUUUACAUGUUGUGGAUCUUGACCCAGCUUCCAUCUCCUCUGGUGGUUGGCUGGAAGAUACUUCGUUGGUCGAAAAAUACCAAAUUUCUGAAGAAGCCUAUAAUAAACGACAAGAUACUUUCAGAAAAUAUAAAGAAAAAAUUACUUCCGGAAUUCCUGCGACUGUGGAGGCAAAGAUGCCAGACACCUGUAUGGAAGACCUCUGUGCUAAUAUCAAGGUUGGAUCCAGAUGUGAAGUUGAACCUGGGGCAAAAAGGGGUGUUGUAAAAUUUGUCGGUCAGGCGGAACCACUGGGUCCUGGUUUCUGGGUUGGAGUACAGUAUGAUGAACCCUUGGGCAAACAUGAUGGCAUGGUUAAAGGAGUACGCUACUUUGAAUGUCCUCCAUCUCAUGGUGGAAUAGUUAGACCAGAGAAAGUGAAGGUUGGUGACUACGCCGAAAGAGAUCCCUUUGAAGAAGAUGAAAUAUGA